UAUCAUGAUUGAUUCUCAUUAUAAACGAGCUAAAAGUACUAGUUUUAACUUUCGUUAGCUUACAAGAAUCUUCAUCUUACCUUACCUUAAAGAAAGUAUUAGUAUUAAUUUUAUAUAGUAGUAUGGCUGUCAUAGUCGCAUUUUUCGAGGUUACAAGUCUUACAACAGCACCAAAAAAUUCUGGUUUUUGAGAACUUCAAUGGAAAAUAAAUGAAGCUAUGUUUCGAACAAAGGUGUUUGGUAAUAUUAUUUAAAGAUUAUUAAGCUAAUUUAAAGCAAGUAUUUCAAAAAUCAGGAUAAAUUAAAUUCUUUUUGAUCGAUAAAAAAUCAGAAUAUUUUAAGCAACACAUUUACAACGUGAUUAACAACCCACCUCAAAAUAAACAAACAAAAAAAAAGUUCACCUUUUUAUUUUAUUUUGCAUGCAUUAUUGUUUUUGUUUUUUCACUUUUCAGCCAUAUAUGACGAUCUUCACUUUUUUAGUGAUAAAAAUAAAAAUGGUUAUUUUGGUAGAAAAGAGUUCAUGUUGAAAAACAAGGAUUUUAGGAUUUUUGUUAAUGGGUUUUGUAAUUUGAACCUAAAUAUAAAAUAUGCAUUAGCCAAAGUUGGAAAUCAAGGGUUUUAUAUUUCUGCCCAGAAAAUUAUUAUUAUUGGGCUCACUUUUUGGGAUUGAUUUAAUGACCCAUGAUUUUAAUUUCUAUUUAUGCGAAAAAUCUAUUCGUUCUAAUAACUAUUAUUGAAAAAAAAAAAGUUUCUGGCUUUGUUUCCUAGUGAAAGGCUCAUUUAAUCGGGAGUAGAUUGGAUUUAUUUUAUCUUGUUUCCUUUUAUUUUGAUCAACCUCCAAAUAAUAAAAAAUAAAAUAAAUAAAAAGAAGAAGAAAAAAAUUCACCUUUGGAAGAGUUGAAUGUCUCAGUAAACUUGGAUGUGCCAUAAUCAAGGGAUUAAUGAAAUGUGCACAAACAAGGAGUUUUAUGCAGGAUUUAGUAUGGUGUUCCAAGUUUUAAGCUUGUUUCUGGGUUACCCAGUGCAACUUUCUUUAAUAUGACAUUAGGGAAUGGACACAAAUAAAGUCUGUCUAGAGGCCAAAAAGAAACAAAGAUAUGGCAGAUGCUGAAAAGAUGUAUUUUGAGUAUUGUCAGAAGUUAUGUGGAACUUUAAUUCAUCGAAAAUUUCAGCAUGAAGCUCCUGAAAUUUUAGACAAUAGCUCAAAUGGUAUGACUUUUGGUCAAAGCAACACUUGCUUACCGGAACAAAUGCAGUCUGCAGUUCAGGUCGCUCGUUUAUCUGCAGCCCCUCGAUGCCAAACUCUGCGUUGUCGACAAUUCUGGAAAGCUGGAAACAAUGAUAAUGUCUCCUCUGAAUCGCUGGUUCUAAAGACCAAAAAUCUUUUGCAUGUUCACCCCAAGUUCCUUCACUCUAAUGCCACUUCUCAUAAGUGGGCUUUUGGAGCUGUGGCAGAGCUUCUUGACAAUGCCAUUGAUGAGAUACAAAAUGGAGCUACUUUUGUCAUGGUAGAUGAAGUAUCAGAUCCAAGGGAUAAGGGUCCAGCGUUGCUCAUCCAAGAUGAUGGAGGUGGUAUGGAUCCAGGAGCAAUCCGGCGAUGCAUGAGUUUCGGAUUCUCAGAUAAGAUGUCUAAAAGAGCCAUCGGAAAAUAUGGAAAUGGAUUCAAGACCAGCACCAUGAGACUUGGAGCUGAUGCUUUAGUCUUCAGUCGACAAAAUGACAGUGGAAAAUUGACCCAAAGUGUUGGUCUGCUUUCUUACACACACUUGUGUUGCACAGGCAUGGACAGGAUAGUAAUACCUAUGGUUGAUUAUGAAUAUAACAUGUCAACUGGGACAUGGGAACCUCUAUGUCACAUUGGCGGGGAGAAUUUUCAUUCAAAUAUGUCAAUCAUCUUGCAGUGGUCUCCAUAUUCAACUGAAGCAGAGCUUCUGAAGCAAUUUGAUAACUUUGGAUCUCAUGGUACCAAAAUUAUCAUAUAUAAUUUGUGGUUUGCCGAUGAUGGGAAAUUGGAGUUGGAUUUUGUAACUGAUCCUAAGGAUAUACGCCUGAAAAGUUCACAGUAUAUGCAAAAAGAUUCGAGAAUGUUGAUAAAUGAGGAGCACAUGGGUAACCAAUACCAUUAUUCACUCCGGGUAUACUUGUCCAUUUUGUACUUGCAGCUCCCUCAGAAUUUCAGUAUAAUAUUGCGUGGAAAAGUUGUUGAACAUCAUAGUAUAGCACGUGAUCUUAGAUUCCCAGAAUUCAUCGUGUACAGACCUUUUAGUAAGGGAACGAAGGAGGGUGAUAUAAUGACAACUAUAGGCUUUCUGAAGGAAGCUCCUGAUGUCAAUAUCCACGGCUUCAAUGUCUACCAUAAGAACCGCCUUAUAUUGCCAUUUUGGCAAGUCGCCUCCUAUAGCAACGGUAGAGGAAGAGGUGUCGUCGGGGUCCUGGAAGCAAACUUUGCUGAGCCUAUUCAUAACAAACAAGAUUUUGAGAGGACUUCGCUCUUCCAAAGACUUGAAACACGCUUGAAGAGCAUGACAUGCGAAUAUUGGGAUCAUCACUGUGGACUUAUUGGAUAUCAGGUUCAGAGUAAAACUCCUGUGUCUUUACCAUACUCGCCUUUCGGUGCUGUGCUUGAACCUGUUACCUUAACAGAUCCAGCAGAUGAGGCUGUCGCUGUACUUAGUUUACCUGUUGGAUCUGUAUCGCGUAGGGAAGGUCGGCGACUAGAUGUUACGACGACAAAGAAUCGCCUUUUGCCUGCUCUUACUGAGAAUAGGGAGAUCAUGGUAACACUUGAUGCUACUACCACGCAGAACUUCACCGGAACCCAGCUUGCCACUUUCAGUGCUAAUGAGCGGAAUCAACAGGAGGUUGUGUUGAUGAUGCAAGAGAACAAGGAUCUUCAAGAAAAAUGUUUAGGAUAUAUGAAGAGAGAGAAAGAGUUUGUUCUUAAGAUUUCACUCCUUAAAAAGGACCUUGAAGAGGAAAGAAAUAAAUAUGACAAGAUGUUGAGCCAAGUAGAAGAGCUUGAGGCUUUCUAGAAAAAAAAGAUAUGUAAACGUUCCUCAAUUUGAUCGGUUAUCGAAUGUUAAAAGGCUAAUGUGUUCGUCAUAUUAACUCUAUACAUAAAUACACAGAAUAUAGACUUACAUUAUACUGAAAAUCAUGCCAAGAGUUCCCCAUCACAGGAAAUUAUGGUUAGCUUGUGCAUAUAGCUGGAGCCAAGCAGUUUUUUUUUGGGUUGAAGGAAGUUUCAUUCAUUAAUUAGGAAUUAGGAUGGAUCCCCAAGAUUCUAGUUUUGAGUACAACCACUAGUCAGAUAUUUGAGUUUAAGGAUUGUUUGUCGCAGAUUAUAGAUCCCACAGAUGGAAUUUCUCUCAUUCUUCCUUGUCAGGUGCAAGCAGUUUUUGGUUACCUAUUUCCCUGUUUUUUCAUAUUUUAGGUGUAUGAUCUUUUGCCUUGUUUAAUUUGUAGGAGCCUAAGUUUUUGCUGAAGUUAUUUCUUAGAAAGUUGUUAGCUUGGCUUUUAACGUGUACUCGGAAAACGUCGUAGUUUUUGUCUUGUUGAUUGGAAUUAAAAUACAACUUUGACAUUUGAACUA